GUACCGCGGUGAGGCGGGGGGUAACGGUCUACAAGCGUUUGUUGAAACUCAGCGAGCGGUGAGCGGGGAGUCAGACGAAGCGGGGAAGAAACGCGGCAGAGCGGGCGAUAGCGGGGCGAGCGCGGAGAGCGGGGCGGUCGCGUCUGCGGAGUGCGGCGAGCGGCAGCGUCAGUUCAUUCGGCACUUCGGCAGUCCCACAUCGCAGUGUAUAGUGCCACCGUGUUCAUAAUGUCUAGCAAACUCGUAAUCCAUCACGUGAAAUCGCACCCCGAACUAUGGGAUAGCACGGACAAAUUGAACAAGAACAAAAGGGCAAAGCAGCGCGCGUGGAAAGAAAUCUCAGCGGCGAUUGGUGGAGCGAAUGACACAAAUAAACUCAAGAAACGUUGGAAAAACUUGAAGGACGCAUUCAGAAAAGAAUUAAAGAGAAUAAUAUCCAAUGAGAUAGACACGUCAAGUUGGCAAUAUUUUGAAGAUCUGAGUUUCUUAACGGAAGUGAUAAUGAAAGGGAUAGGGACAAGGGUUAGAUACCAAACCGAGGGUGAUGAUAGCAAUAUGAACGAAGCCAUUGAAGACGACGACUCAAAUGAUCCUUUGAUUGUGAAAACCGAACUUAUGGACCCAGAACCCAGUACGUCUAUGGAGUGUAGCUCCUUCAUUGACAGUUCACAAGCGAACGAUGAUACAGCUAACUCCACAGAUAACAAUGAAGUGAAAAUAUCAAACAAAAUAAAGUCAUCAGACGAAUACGACGCUGAUUACAUGUUCCUUGUCAGUCUUUUGCCGACCAUGAGGAAAUUGUCCAACGUUCAGAAACUACAGUUUAGGGGAAAGGUUAACCAGUGGUUGCUUGAAGCUGUAUCGACGGGGUACCUUAAAAAGAGGAGUAAAAUGUAUCCAGACAGCGAUGACUCUUUUGAAUGAACAAGCCAGAAGAGAUCUGUCGGAGAGUUAUAAAGUUUUGAUCCAUCAUGCCGCUUUAGUACGGUUUUUUGGGAAUUAUGUAAACAAUGCCAGCUAUUGACGAUUGAAUGACGAACGAUUACUAUUGGGUGUUGUAAUAAUGACCAACCAUGCUUUACUAUUAAGCAAAGAUUAUCUAUAGGACAUUUUUAACCUAUGUAUUAUUUUUAUAUCUACUUAUAAAACUUGAAACCGAAACUUUUUAGUUUUACAAAGACUAAUAAUUAGAAAUAACCUAGAAGUAUAUUUUUGAGAAUAACAAAACAAUUCAGAACAAUAUUACUAUUAUUCCAAGAAAAGAAAAAAAACAACACAAUAUAGGUAAUAUUAUAAUGUUAGCACAAAUUACCAGACAAUAGUACUGCUUGAAAAUAUAUUCAUGUCUUUAUGUUUUUGUACCUUAAAUAAACAUUUUA